GAUCUUGGACGAGGAGAGCGCGCCGGGCACGACGAGCGCUGCGGGCUUUCUCUCUCAGAUCUGAGUCAGAGCUUCGAAUGCUGGCGGGCGGAGAGGCGAGGCUAAGGCGCGCGGCGUGAGGAGCUCGAUCGAGGUUUGGCGAUGGGGCGGCCGGGAGCUGCCGCUGCUGGCGGCAAGACUAUCGAGGAGAUUUACCAGAAGAAAACCCCUCUGGAACACGUUCUACUGCGGCCGGACACGUACGUUGGCUCCAUUGAGAAGCACACGCAGACGCUGUGGGUGUAUGAGGGCGGUCAGCUGGUGAAUCGUGCGGUGACCUACGUCCCUGGGCUGUACAAGAUUUUCGACGAGAUCUUGGUGAAUGCUGCCGACAACAAGCAGCGGGAUCCCAGCAUGGACGCUGUCAAAGUCACGAUAAGCGUGGAGCAAAACACCAUCUCCGUCUACAACAACGGGGACGGAGUGCCUGUGGAAGUUCACAACGAGCAAGGCGUCUACGUUCCGGAGAUGAUCUUUGGCCAUCUACUCACAAGCAGCAACUACGACGACAAUGAGAAGAAGACGACUGGUGGGAGGAAUGGAUACGGUGCUAAGCUCGCGAACAUUUUCUCAACCGAGUUUGUGAUUGAAACCGCGGAUGGCAAGCGGGGUAAAAAGUACAAGCAGGUGUUCUCUAACAACAUGAGUGCGAAGUCUGAGCCAGCUAUUAGCUCGUGCAAGUCCAAUGAAAAUUGGACUAAGGUGACUUUCAAGCCCGACCUCGCCAAGUUCCACAUGACGUAUCUGGAGGAGGAUGUUGUUGCCCUGAUGUCCAAACGUGUUUUGGAUAUUGCGGGCUGUCUUGGCAGGACUGUUAAGGUGGAGCUGAACGGCCAAAAGCUCCCAGUUAAAACGUUUUCGGAUUACGUGGGGCUUUACCUUGCCUCCGCUCAGAAAGGCAAAGAAGAGACGCUUCCAAGGAUAUAUGAGCGUGCAAAUGAUCGGUGGGAAGUAUGCGUGAGUUUAAGCGAUGGACAGUUUCAACAGGUUAGCUUUGUGAACAGCAUCGCCACAAUCCGGGGUGGCACGCACGUCCAGCAUGUUUCGGAACAGAUCGUAAGCCACAUACAGGAAAUUGUGAACAAGAAGAACAAAAAUGCGAACGUGAAGGGUUUCCAAAUCAGAAACCAUCUUUGGGUCUUUGUCAAUUCUCUGAUUGACAACCCUGCCUUCGAUUCCCAGACGAAGGAAACAUUGACUACUCGUCAAACUAGUUUUGGAUCGAAGUGCGAGCUGUCCCCAGAGUUUCUGAAGAAAGUUUCUAAAUGCGGGGUAGUUGACAAUGUUCUGUCGUGGGCGGACUUUAAGCAGAGUAAGGAGCUAAAGAAGAACGACGGUGCCAAGAGGCAGCGCCUAACUGGAAUAGCCAAGCUGGACGAUGCAAAUGAUGCCGGCGGCAAGAACUCCGAAGCAUGCACUUUGAUCUUGACUGAAGGAGAUUCAGCUAAAGCUCUUGCUGUAAGCUCAGUCUUUGCUCUUUCAGCCUUCUUAACUUUUUGUUGUCUUCAGAUGAGUGGCAUCAGUGUGGUUGGCCGUAACCACUAUGGUGUGUUUCCUCUCAGGGGAAAGCUUUUAAACGUUCGAGAGGCAACGCACAAGCAAAUAAUGGAUAACGCUGAAAUCACCAGCAUAAAGCAGAUACUGGGGUUGCAGCAGGGAAAAGGUUAUGAAAAUACCAAGUCUCUUCGUUACGGUCAUUUGAUGAUUAUGACCGACCAGGAUCACGACGGGUCACACAUCAAAGGUCUUAUUAUCAAUUUCAUUCACACGUUUUGGCCAUCACUUUUGAAAGUUCCCGGUUUCUUGGUGGAAUUUAUCACGCCAAUUGUUAAGGCAACACAUAAGAACGGAAAGGUACUAUCCUUCUAUACUAUGCCGGAAUACGAGUCGUGGAAAGAGUCCCUGAGAGGAGAAACCAAGGGUUGGAGUAUCAAGUACUACAAGGGUCUGGGCACGAGUACAGCAAAGGAAGGCAAGGAGUACUUUCGAGAUCUGGUCAAGCACAAGAAGGACUUCGCAUGGGACAAUGAUGAAGAUGGUGACUCUAUAGAGCUAGCAUUUAGCAAGAAAAAAACCGAAGCCAGAAAAAUAUGGCUGCGAGGGUACCAGCCAGGGACAUUUCUGGAUCAAACUCAGCGGGUCAUCACGUACAGCGAUUUCAUCAAUAAGGAAUUAAUCCUGUUCUCGUUGGCUGAUUUGGCAAGGUCUGUCCCGUCUAUGGUGGACGGAUUGAAGCCCGGACAGCGCAAGAUUCUGUUUGCUGCAUUCAAAAGAAAUUUUACGUCGCAAGCUAAGGUAGCGCAAUUUUCUGGAUAUGUCUCCGAGCAUUCUGCUUAUCACCAUGGAGAACAAAGUCUCGCGAGUACUAUCAUAGGAAUGGCUCAGAAUUUCGUCGGUAGCAAUAACAUCAAUAUCCUUGCUCCGAUUGGACAGUUCGGUACAAGGAGUCAGGGCGGAAAGGACCAUGCCAGUGCGCGUUACAUCUAUACGUCUCUAACUCCGUUAACACGUACUAUAUUUCCUAAACCAGAUGACAUUUUACUGAAUUUUCUGAGAGAGGAUGGACAGUCGAUCGAGCCCUUCUGGUAUGCACCAAUUCUUCCUAUGGUGCUUGUCAACGGCUCUGAAGGCAUUGGCACUGGGUGGAGCACUUUCGUGCCAAAUUACAAUCCUCGAGAUAUCGUUACCAACCUUAAGCAUCUUUUGCGCGAUGAGCAGCUGGAGCCAAUGGAUCCGUGGUACAAGGGGUUUAAGGGGACGAUAGUGAAAUCGGCAACCAAAGAAUCUGGUGUCAGCUAUACAGUGACUGGCAUCGUAGAGCAAGUCAACGAGACUACUAUACGUGUGCUAGAGCUUCCCAUUAGAAAGUGGACUCAAGACUAUAAGGAGUUUCUUGAAGCGUUGCUUUGUGGCACAGAGAAAAUCAAAGAACCCUCUAUUAAGGACUACAGGGAGCAUAACACUGAUACGCGAGUGCACUUUGAAAUUUCUUUAUCCGAGGAAAAAAUGGCUGAAGCUCUUGCAGAGGGUCUCACGAAAAAGUUCAAGCUGAGUACCACUAUCAGCACCAGUAACAUGAAUCUUUUUGAUAAGGACGGGCAUAUUCGAAAGUAUGACACGCCCGAACAAAUUCUGGAAGACUUCUACCAUAUUCGUUUGGAGUUGUACGUCAAAAGAAAGGAAGUGCAAGUUGAGAAUUUGCAAUACGAGCUACUGAAGCUUGACAACAAAGUUCGAUUUAUUCUCGGUGUUGUCAAAGGCGAAAUUGUUGUAAACAACAGGAAGCGAGCCGAGUUACUAGUCGAGCUAAAGACCAAAGGCUUUACUCCGUUCCCUAAGAAGGCAAAAGCUUCGGACUUGCCUGUUGUCGGUGGUGAUGGUUCUGACGUGGAAGCGGAUGACGAAGAAAAACUGAAUAAAGGAGUUCGUGCCGGUGAUUACGAGUAUCUUCUAUCUAUGCCAAUUGGCACGCUCACUCUAGAGAAGGUUCAGCAGCUCUGCAACGAGCGUGAUAAGCUUGAAGGUGAUGUUGAAGAAUUGAAGAAAUGUACACCGAAGGAUCUCUGGGAGAAGGACUUAGAUAACUUCCUCGAACAACUGACGGCUCAAGAGCUGGAGGAAGAAAAGGAAGACGAGCUUGAACUUAAGCAAAUGGCCAAAGAAGGUGCUGCUAUAUUCAAGCGCGCUGCUGCUGGCCGAAAGCCUGCUGCGAAGGCAAAAACUGCAGACAAGGAAAAUGCCGUGAAGCCUACCAAAAAAGCAACUGCCGCGACGAAAGCUUCGAAUGCUUCCAAGAAGGCAGCUAAACCAGUGGAACUGGACAGCGAGGAAGAAUACUUCAACACAAGCUUACAGGAUCGCCUUGCUGCUUACGCGAAAGGAAAAGGACCGCUAACAGAGGACAACUCCAUGGAGGACGCUGUCAAGGAAGUGUCCCCGCCAACAAAGCCUAAUGCGCCUAAAGCUGCUCCGGUCGCAAAGAAGCGCGCGAAUACCAAAGCCUCCAAAGCAUCAAAAGCCACUGAAGAUGUUGCGGCCCAUGACUCCCCUGAUGCGAAAGUAAGGAAGGUGCGGGCUUCUCCAUUCAACAAGAAGAGUGGUUCCGUCAUUCCUCAGCUUGCAAAGCUCUCCAUCGAGGCAGAGGCCGACUCCGACGUCGAAGCAGCUCCUCAAGCAAGGCCGAAGAGACGAGCGGCUCGCCCGGCUGUGCACUACAUCGAGAGCGACACGGAGGAAGACAAGGCCGCAAGCGAAGACAUCUCCGACUUUGAGGACGAAGGAUCAGAGUAAAGUCUGGUUCCCCCUCCCCGGUUUUCUCAUUCUGCUCGUUUGGUGCUAACGAGUUUGCUGUACUGCUCUUAACUUUCUAUGUUAAGGUGGAGGCUCCAGAAGAAAGGUCGUGUCAUGGUACUGUGACUCGUAUGGAUUGUGUAAUAUCUCCAUUGUUUUGUUCCAGACAAUUGUUUCAUGUCAUUGAUCAUAUAAUGUUUUUCACCUUUUUCUUGUGUAAAAGGCUCC